AUGGAAAUAGAACUCGUCCAAGGGGGAUUUUGCAAUCACCGAGGAACGAUGGAAACUUUUCUUCGUGUUUUCCAAGUUAUUUUGCUGCUGUUUGUUGCUGUUCAGCUGGCGGACGCCUUCAACAAGACAAUUUACGUUUCACCAAAAGGCAAAGAUAAACAAUCUUGGGGAAGUAGCGAUUCGCCGUGCCAUACACUAGAUUACGCGAUCUCAAGCGCUCGCCAAACUGGGGCAAAUUCCACGCAGAUAUCAGCAGCUAGAGGUAGUUACAAGCUGACGAAUAGCUUCAGUUUUAAACACUUAAACAACUUUGGACUGUCAGGACAAGGAACAAAACCAGACGAUGUAGAAAUAAUUUGCAAAGGCAACGCAAGUCUGUCAUUUGUUCUUAGCAACAAUAUAUUCGUGAAAGGAGUCACGUUACAGAAUUGUGGUGGAUGGCGCCCUAGCUCGGUCAGUGCUCCAAAGCCUUACACCGGGCUAGAUGGAGUUAAAUUCCGUGUUGCUUUGGAUUUUCGAUAUUGCAGGAAUGUUCAGCUAUUUAACGUCAAAAUUUCGUUGUCUCCAGGGCUUGGUGUUAACUUUUACGAUGUUGGUGGUGUUGUAAAUUUUACAAAUUGUGUCUUUGCUGACAACAGAGCUGCGAAUGACAACGGAAGCAAAGCAAAUACUCAGAGAAAAUCGAAUGAAGAAGGGUUGCACACCAAACAGAUAGAAAGAGUGUACUCAGGAGGAGGUAUAUACUUGGCUUUAGAUCCCUAUGGCCGCAACACUGUCAACAUCACUCGAAGCGAACACGACUCGUAUCAGCACAACAACACAUUUGUCUUCCAAAAUUGCAGUUUUCUCAGAAACGAGGCUGGGUGGUCGAAUGCAAGUAUUGCAGCUGAAUUCGUUGACACACCAGAACUACCCUUUAGUCGUGGCGGUGGCUUGGCAAUUUUUUUUCGUUCAAAUGCCAGCGGAUCGACCAUCAGUAUAGAUUCUUGCCUUUUCAGUGAAAAUCGAGCCAGCUGGGGUGGAGGUGUGAAUGUUUGGAUGGGCGAAAAAACACAAAAUAACCGUCUCGCGGUAGAAAACACAAAGUUCGAGAACAAUAAGGGGUAUCAAGCUGGCGGUGGUGUACGGAUGAGUAAUUUAAUAAAAGAAACCCAACAACUUCUCAAUUUAUUUACGGUAAACAACUGCUUAUUUGUAAACAAUACUUCUGUUUGGGGUGGUGCUACAUCAAUUUUCGGAUCGUCAAUACCGGGAAAGUGUGCCAAGCAUACAGAUGCUGAUUUAACUCUGUUUUCUUUUAAUCGGUGCCGGUGGACUGGCAACACAGGGACCGUGGGUGCAGCUCUUGGAGCCUUUCUUAAAAACCAGAACGAAGAUCAGAUUGGUCCACAGGCUCCAUACCAUACAAGCUUUGAUGGAUGCACCUUUCUAAGCAAUCGUGUGCUCCGAUUAAAGGUCCUUGUGGCAAUUGGAGAAGGGACACUCUAUAGCGUUGAAGUGCCUCUUAUUUUCCGUGGAAAUGUGAGCUUUCUGGAUAAUUCUAAGACAGCUGUUGCUUUAGAUGGGGCGACAGUAGAAAUUUACGAUCAUGUUUACUUCAUCAACAAUGUAGGAUUGAGAGGAGGCGCCAUGGCCAUGUACGGACGUUCCAGAAUUAUUUUUAACAAACACUCGUACGUACUUUUUCAAGGGAACAAGUGUGAUACCGGUGGCCAAGGAGGUGCUUUAUAUAUUGAUGCUCCCGGGCCUCCACUGGUCGGUUUUAACGCAACAGGGACAAACACUCAUGGCUGUUUCUUUGCUUACGCGCUUCCUUCAUUAGAUUUUGAUGACUGGGAAACAAAGGUGAUCUUUCGGGGAAACCAAGCUCCGUUUUCGUCUGGGAAUUCAGUCUUUGUCACGACAUUGAGAGGCUGUCGGCGAAUCGGUGAACCUCGGCAAAAUAACUCCGUUCUUCGAUGGAAAUUUGUUGAAUUUCAGGACCAGUAUGGCAAACGUAGCUCUUUAAAGAACGAGGUCGCCACAGACCCUGUAGACAUACAGUAUGACACUGCAGAAUGGAACGUUGCCCCUAGUGAACGUUUCAAUGCCACUGUACGACUUCUAGACGAGCUCGGUAAUUCUGUCGUGGGCAUCAUUAAUGUGGAAGUCAUUCCUCUCCAUCAGUCAUCCAAGGUCAGUCUUUACUCUGCUUCGAGCAUGUUCGUUGCAAAUGAUACCAUUUCCCAUCUCGCGAUGGCUGGAAAAUCGGGAGAAAAAUUCUCGGUAGAGCUGAAAUAUAUGGGGAAGCAAAUUUUAACGCAAACUAUAUCUGGUCUUUCACUUAAGCCCUGCAAUCUUGGUUUUAAGCAAAAAGGCUCGUUAUGUGUGUGCAGGGACUCUACAGAGCGUGGUAUCUCUAGGUGCAAAUCGGACGGAAAGACAUUUUAUCUGAAACAUGGUUACUGGGCAGGGACAGUCAAUAACAAAUUCGUCACUCACUUUUGCCCUACUGGAUACUGCAAGACCGUGACUCGUGCGCGUGAAAUAAAGUUUGUUUCUGGUGAUGUGUGCAGUGACGACAGGGAUCAGACAAGUAUACUUUGCGGAAAAUGUAAAGCCAAUCGCGCUGUGCUUUUGGGAGGCGAACAUUGUUCCGCUACGUGCUCCAACUGGUACUUGCUACUGUUGCUUUUAUAUGGACUGAUCCUUAUUGCCGUAGUUAUGUUUAUCAUGCUGAUAGAUCUUGAUUUCUUCACGGGAUAUUUGAAUGCCUGGCUGUAUGCGUAUCAGGUCAUGAAGGUAAUAACUCCCGAUGGAUUUGCAUUCGAUCCCUUUAUAGAGUUCAUCAUUGGUCUGGCCAAUUUCCAGUUCAAAACAGGUUCAGGUGGAAUCUGUUUUGCCGCAGGGUUAGACGACGCAGAUAAGUUGGCGAUAAUGUAUGUGUUACCGACGUACGUCCUGGUGGUGGCAGUUUUGUUAGCCCAAGCUGUAAGCUACCAUCCCAACUGGUGCUUUAGCAAGAAAGUUAGAGCCGCUCCUAUUCGCGCCGUCUGCACCAUCGUUGUGCUUUGCUACACUGACAUAACAAGAAUUUCACUCCGAAUCCUGAAUCCCGCUUCGGUUGGAUCGAAAAUUGUGAUGUAUUCACAGGGCAACAUCGGCUUCUUCACUGGAAAACACAUUGCUUACGGAAUCUUGGCCAUCCUGUUUAUCGUAUUGUUCGUGGUGCCGUUUCCAAUGGUUCUUCUUUUUCGACCCUUCCUGACGCAGCGUCUCCGCCCGGUACUAAAUCUCAACCGGUGGAAGCCGAUAUUUGAUGCCUUACAAAAUUGCUUCAAGGAUCGGUAUCGUUGGUGUGCUGCCUUCUAUUUUCUCGCCCGACUUGUCAUUUAUGCCAUUGCAACGCUAGUGUCUUCAGGUCCAGUUAAGAGAGCACUGCUGGAGAGUUGCUGUGUUUUGAUUCUUCUCAUUAUUGCGUUCUUGAGGCCUUACAAGGAAGCCAAAGACGUGAAGGAAGAUGAGGAGAGUUACGAUUGGAUUAAUAAGUCAGAUGCAGCCCUCCUGUUUACCCUCACACUAAUCGCCUUGUUCAGCUCUCCUUUUGAUGGCAUGUUCAAGAGCACUUGGUCAGGCUUGCGGGUGUUCGUUGAUAUAUUGGCUUAUAUUCCUUUGUUAGUGUUGGGAAUGGUUGCCAUUAGAAUUAUUAGAAAAUACCGCGAAGCCAAAAAGCUUCGAGAGGCAAAUGAGCCUGAACUCUCUGUCAGUGAGCUGUCCGAAGUCACUGACGACAUUGUUGCGCUGGGAAAUCAGGCCUGAUAGCAGCCAGCUUACACAAACUCGUCCCCAGGAAAAGUACAAACGUUCAAGAAGAUAUCAUGUGAGACUUUUUGGCAUCUGUUUUUCUCAACACAAUAUCGCAACAUCGUCAGUUUACGUAUUUCAAAGUCUGCUAUGUUGGAUUCAAUUUAACGUUUUACGCAACCUCGUAAUGCAGUAGCCUAAUCCCAGUUACUUAAUUUGAAGUGCUCAGAUUUAGAUUCCGGGUAGCUAAACCAAACAUGUUUCGAAACAUUUCAUAUGUACUGGUGUCAUUUGGCUGAUUCUCAGUUCAAGUCACAGGGGCGGAUCUAGGGGGAGGGUGCAGGGGGUGCGCACCCCCCCCCCCCCCUGAGAUGACCUGCGGGUUUUUAAUACAACUGAUAUUCUGCAAAAAAAACUAAGUGGUUUAUUGGUGUUUAAGUGGGGCAAGAGACGAGGGCACCCCCCCCAAAAAAAAAUCCUGGUUCCCCCCCUGUUGUCAUGGCCCAAUUUUACGGUGUUGUUUUUUGAUGUUGUUUAAUUUUUUCCUUCUUAUCGCCUCAAGUUCCCCCCCCCCCCCUCCUGACCUGCGGUUUUCUAAUACAACUGGUAUUCUGCAAAAAAAAAAAAACUAUGCGGUUUAUUGGUGUUGAAGUAGAGCAAGAGACGAGUGCACCCCCUCGUAAAAAAAAAUGCUCGAUCCGCCCCUGAGUCAAGCUGUAAAAGCCUCGGCUGGUUGGCUGGUUUUGUUUAAGGUGUUAAAUGCCAAUGUUUUUGUUCCAAUUAAUUGCGCAAACAUUUUAUAUAUAGGCCUGAUUCUCAGAUGUUUUAACAUUUCUUAGGCACUGCAAACAAGAACAUCAAGUUAAAGACAUAGCUACUGAAGCUCAGUGUAAAAACCUGGUUGACUGGCUUCGUAAGAAGUUAACAAGGAAAUAUGCAAAUGUUUUUGUUCCAAAUUAAUUGCUCAAGCAGCUGCACAACGUAACGCUGUGCAUGUCUGAUUGUUUUGUGUUUAUGUCAGCGAGAGUCCCCAAUAGCUUUUAAUAUUUCGGGAUCCGGGAUUUGCCUUAUUUGAGGGCCGGGAUUCGGAAUUUCAAAGCAAAGUAGGGGUGAGAUUCGGGAUUGAAAGUAUGCAAGAGAUGCGGGAUACCGAAAAUAACCACUGAGAUUACGGGAUUGAGUAAAAAUUUAGGUCGGAAUUAAGGGAUCAAAGAAUCCUAUUGGAGAUCCUCGUUUACGCUUACGAAAAAGUAGAAUGAUUUGGCUUUUUGAGCAUAAAGCAUUAAAGAAGUAAAG